UUUGCCUUAGCACAUAUUUUGACAGUUUGUAAAUAACAUUUAUUUUGUAAUCGCCGAUUUUAAUAUACUUUAUUGUAAUUUGUAUUAUAAUUUAAGAUUAUGAUCAAAUAUUGAAUAACUUUUUAAAAAAUCUAUAUCAUGUUCGAAUGUUUAACCCGAUACCGUUAUCAAUUUCACCCUCCGGAACUUCUGAAGUUUAUCUAACCAAAUUAUCAUUGUUUUAAAUAUCAAAUCGACCUUAUCAGUUAUCUACCCCACAAUCCUAGAUCCGUUUCCUUGACCGAUUCAUUAUAUGUGCAAUAAUAAAUUGAAUUGUGUUCGAAAUUGUGUUUUAACAUGGCUGUUUUUGGAUAUAUGAAUCCCUUUAAAGUUUAUCGGGAUUUCGUUCGUAGCCCUAUCGAAUCUUUUGUUAGCGAACAGUACACGGGGUAUAAAAAGAAAACAAAUGAAAGUAUAACGAGUGUGAAAGAACUGUUAUAUAGAGCUGGUGUUGUUUCGGUAUUUUUGUCAGCAAUAUUGUGGAUUUCAAUAUUUUUAUACGUUGUUUUUUAUUACACGUAUAUGCCGAAUGUUACACACGUGCGACCCGUGCAUUUGCAGUUCAAAUCAUGUGAUGAGAAUAUGGGCGUGUGUUCAUUUCCAUCGGCUCAUGUUCAACUCACACGAAGGACUCAUAUGUUGAUGUCAUCCCAGCCAUACCGAAUUAAACUUUUACUGGAAGUACCCGAGUCUCAGAUCAAUAAGGACUUAGGUAUGUUUAUGGUCUGCGCACAGAUGCGAGCCUCGGGGGGCGUGUUAGUAUCAUCGUCCUGUAGAUCGGCUAUGCUGCGACAUCGAUCGAAAUUACAUCAGAUAAUGCGAACAUUGGUUUACGCGCCUCUGUUAAUAUCAGGUUUUAAUGAAGAGAAACAAAUAAUUCAAGUGGAACUUUUCAGUGACUUCGAAGACGAUCAGACGCUCCCAGUAACAGACGCGUACGUAGAGUUACAAUCGCGUUUCGUCCAAGUGUUGUCUUGCGAACUUCAGAUCGAAGCUCACUUCACAGGUCUACGUUACGUCAUGUACUACUGGCCGAAGACCUCCGCGAUCAUUGGUAUUUCCUCUAAUCUGUUCUUCGUAUCAUUAAUGUUCAUACUGAGCUGGUACCACUUACAAGAUGGUCUCCCAGAUUUUAUUAAGAGCAAAUUGGGAAUAGAGAUAAAGAAUGAGAAAGAGGAAGACGACAAGAAAUUCUUUGGAAAAGUGAAAUUGGAACGAGAAGACUCUUUUCCGUUCAUCGAAGAAGAGACCCUUCUAGAAGAGUUCCAAAGAUUAGAGGAGAAGAAGAAAUCUAUAUCGCCGACGGUCGAAUGAGGACGGUAAAUUAUAUUGGAGAAAUUAGCGUAAGACUGAUAUUUUAAAACAAAUUCAUUAAUAAAUGUUUUAAAUUUGAUUAUUUAAUAAAUGGGUUGUAUU